UGGGAUUCCGAAUGUGGCCCUUUUUCUGCUCUUUACGCUUCUUUUUAUUGUUAAAGGAACGCCCUUUCUCUUCCUUCCUCCGCUUCCCCUCUAGUUUCAAUCUCUUCCAGUUCCAGAUUUCUCUGGUGAGGUUUCUGAUGGAGGUCACGGUGAGAGUUAGCUAGGCAGAUUGAAGAGCGGGAGCGGGAAAGGCUGCAGGAGAGAGAGAGAGAGAGAGAGAGAGAGAGAGAGAGAGGCGCGUUUGGGCCCUCAAUGGGAAAGCUAUGAGCCUAUAUCGCGUAUGCCCUUUUCCCAUCGGUUUAUUAGGUGGGAGGCGUGUACGAUGCGGCUCCUUUCGAUGGAUACUCGUGUGGCCUCUCUCCUUGGCGUGCCGCAGCAUCGCUCCGGCGCCUAAAGGCGGCGCCUUUGUACCCUUCGUGUUGCUUUUCCUGUGAAGCGUUCCUGCUCCCGACGAGUUCGCUCGAUCGCCUAGUUAAUUUGAGGUUGAUACGUCGUUAGAUUCUUCCCUUGGAAACUUAGAUCUCAGCCCGAGGACCCUUGGAAACUCCUGCUUUUGUUUUACGGUGAGCGAGCGAGAGAGAGAGAGAGAGAGAGAGAGAGAGAGAGAGAGAGAUGGCCAGUGAUCAGGGAAAAGAUGCCUCCUUUUUGUUUGCCGACGAGGAAUUGGCCGAGAUGAGCGGGUUUAAUAGAGGCGCCGACUUCGUCGAGGUGCUGUGCGGGUGCACGAGCCACCGGUACGGCGAUGCUGUAGGGCGGCUUAAGGUUUUCGCCUCCGGCGAUCUCGAGAUCAGCUGCGAUUGCACGCCCGGUUGUCAGGAAGAUAAGUUGACACCGGCUGCUUUUGAGAAGCAUUCUGGGAGGGAGACUGCGAGGAAAUGGAAAAGCAAUGUGUGGAUCAUAGUCAAAGGAGACAAGGUUCCACUUUCAAAGACAGUGUUGCUUAAAUACUAUAAUCUGGCAUCGAAAGGUGCUAAUGGCUCUCACAAAGGCCCCAAUGGACGGCUGUGUCACCGUGAUGAAUUCAUUUGCUGCAAGAGAUGUAACAAGGAGCGUAGAUUUCGCUUGCGUACUAACGAGGAAUGCCGCAGUUAUCAUGAUGCUGUGAGAAAUGCAACCUGGGAAUGUUCUAAUUUGACAUUUGACAGGAUCACCUGCGAUGAUGAAGAGGAGCGAGCAAGUCGUAAAGUUCUGCGGGGAUGCUCGCGAUCUCCGUCCUGCAAGGGGUGCACAACAUGUGUUUGCUUUGGAUGCGAGAUAUGCCGUUUCUCAGAUUGCAGCUGUCAGACCUGUGUUGAUUUCACUAGCAAUUCUAAAAGCUAAGUUAGUUCGAGGGGUUCUAAUUUAUCGGCCAUGGACUGCUGCAAGUUGCGCAACCAUGGCACUGGUUAAGAGGCUAUUUCAGGUUCCAUUGUUUCUUCUCAUGCGGUCGGGAUUUCGCUCGCUUUUCGACGAUGAUAAUCUGCUACCGGUGAGACAUUUUGACAAACCCACAAUUGGGCAUUCUUUUCAUCUUCUUUUCAUGCUAUGAUGGACGAUGUAUGAAGACCUGUGAUGGGAUCUGUAAUAGUUGGCACAUUCUUUUCUCAUGGUCUCUAAAUUCUUAUUUUGAUUC